GCGCGUCUGGCCCCUCCCCGCGGGCAGAUUUGAAAACGGCUUUGUGAAGAAAAAGGAGAGUCGAGUGUCCGAGGAAGGAAACAAUACCAGACAUGGCUCCCAGGAAAAGGACCACCAAACAGCGGAAAAACAACCCAAAGACGGCCAAGCUCGAAGCUUUCCUGGAGGAUUUCGACAGCGAGGUGAAGACCAGAGUUGGACAACUGAAAGAGAAGAUCAACCAGCUGCUGAAAGAUGUUGACAACAGCUACAACAUGGCUCUUAUCAAGCUCCCCAAGGCUGUCAGGCAAACGACCUGGUUGGAACAUUGCAAGUCUGAGAAACCAAAGUCCCCAGAAGUGGAUAAUACAAAGAGAGAAGAGGAAGCUGCUAUUGUUGACAGCGUUGUGGCUGAGGACCACGCAGUCCUUCUGAAAUCAGUCAAGAAAACGUCAAAGAAAAAAGGUGGAGCCAAAUCCAGUUCAGAGGAUGAAAACACCCCGAGCACGACGAGGAAGGGCAAAGCAACAAGAAAACCUCCGACUACAUCAAAAAGGGCAAAGGCGCUGUCAGUCAGCAAGCAGAACACCUCCAUCAGACGAUCGACCAGGAAGCCAUUGGUCACUCCUGCCAGGAGUAUGCUGGAUUCUUCUUUGAUGAUGGGCUCUACCCCCCUUGUCACCCCACGCUUCGACCCAAGGCUUCCUAAGACCCCCGCUGUGAGAGUUCCCCGCCACAAAGAGAGGGUCUACAGCAUUUCAGUCAACGGCUCUCCCAUUGCAGCAGGAAAUGAGGACAUUGUCAUCAACGUCCCCAUCGGCAACGGAGAGAGCGUUCAGCUAUUGGCCAGUCAGAUGGACUCAGUGGAUCUGUCACUCCUGGAUGAAACUGCUCUGAAGAGCAUUCGGCUGCUGAAGAAUCGCCUCACAAACCUGUGUGGGAUAUCCGAGUGACCUGACCGCCUGCUUUUGACUGCUUUUGUACAUUACAUUCGAAAUUUUAUCUUAUCUUUUAUCCUUGAAAUAUUCUCUUCCCGUGGCGUGGUAUGAUGUUUUUUUUGUACUAAUAGGUGAGAUUUUAAAAGCUUCACAGGUUCUUGAGAAAACCAUGUUUUGUCAGUAUUUCUGUUAUUGGAUGUUGUUUUCUUUUGACCUAAUUCACUCACUGGAAUUCAUCCAGUUAAUGAAAGCUGUCAAAUGUAUAAAUGUGGGUUAAAAUGUGUUAUUUUACCACUUCUGUUUUCCUUAUAUACUUUUGUAAGAUAGUCUAGUUUAACUGCCUUACUUAAUUCAUCUUUCAUUUUCGUGUGGGUAUUUUCUGCUGCUUUCAUAGCAUUAGGCUUAAUCCCUGGGGGAAUUCUGCCUAAUGUCUGUCUCAUUUUAGUGCUAUUCCAGUCUUUUAUUCCUGGCCAGACAGACUUGUAGCGUCUGGAUUUUAGUUGCCCUAUAAAUCUUGUAAGGCUUCUAAGAUCAUUUAAAAUGAACAGGUCUGUACUCUGCAAAUAUGUUUUACUGUUCAUUCUUUGUUCUGUAAGUACACUCUAAUCCAACAUUUUUUUUUGUGUUUCAUUUUGUCAUUGUUGAAUCAGAGUCCCUCCAUCUUUGUAUAAAUCAUCUUACAGUUACAUUAUUAGUGCAAAUACAAACGUGUACAUAGAUCACUCUUUGUCUACAGAACUGAUAAAGGGUUUUGACCACA